AUGUCAGGUGAGUCUGGAGAUCUGUCAGGUUUAGUGUCUGAGCUCAAACACACCCAGCACAGGUUGAGUGAGCAGAACAGCACUCUUCUGAGGACCGUUUCUCAGUGUGAGGACACCAUCCUGCAGCUCAGUCUGGAGGUGUCACAGCUGCACACCAAACUGGCCAGUACCCAGCUGUUUGUAGUAAGAGCCCGAUCCCUUUCAGAGGAACUCGAUGAAACCAGAUGUGCACUGAGAGAGAGCCAGAACAGAGCCGCAAGAGCACAGGCCAGCAACUGUGCCUUAAUAAAGGAAAGCACGCGCUUGAGAGCCCUAAUCAAAACAACUGAAGAAAAGAAUGAAAAAUUAACCCUUGAGAGGAACCUUGCUGAAGAUCGAAUAAACAAACUGAGGAGAGAAAACUCUGAAUUAAGGGGAGAGUUAGAAGAAUCUCAUAUGGUGCUGGCUGUGAAAGACAGGGACCUUACAAAGAAAAGCAUCCUGCUGGAAAGGCUUAAGGACACUCACUUUGAAAGUCACAAAAUUAUUGAGGGCCUGCAGUCAGAAUUGAUGAGGCUACAAGAGCACUCAGAGCAAGCACUCUUCAGGUUAAAUAAAUACCACAUCAGUUCUCAUAUUCCACAGAGGACAGAUGUGACAAACCAUCAGUCUCUGCACCAUGAGAUUCAGGAAGCUCAACCGUCCCAGAAUGUGGCUAUGGAGUUGAUUAGUGGUUCACUGAGCCAGAUCUUACCCAGCGUCCCUCAGAGAGGAGACUUUGAAAGCCUCCAGAAGAUCAAACCUGUAGAGAUUUCCCAUAUACUCCACACACAGCUCUCAGAGACUGACAAAGUUAGUAACAGUGCAAGUGAGAAAUUACAGAGACUCUAUCUGCAGAAGCAACAACAACAUGGCAGUUCAAGGCAUCAGCUGGUCACACUUCUGAAAGAGCUGGAGCUUCUUGAAACACCGUUGGCAGCGCAAGGACAGCACAAGGCCAAGCAUCAGAGACAGGAAGCCCACAUAGCGGCCGCCAUGACCUGGUGGACUGGUCAGAUUAAAGAGGGCAAGAAGAACCAGGCUGCCCAAGUUCCACAAGAAACUGUGAUGGACAUUCAGAAGCCGAUCCAAAGCCUGGAAGUCAAUCACAUCAGGCUGGAAGGAACUAAGCAUGGCAUGAAGGUGCUUCUCAAAGACCAGGGAACGAGCACCUGCAAUGACGCUCAGAUUCACUUUAGGGACGUGGCUGUAGUCACUGAUUCAUCAGCAGAGCAUUUGGGUGCAGAAGAGCUGCUGAAAUCUCUGAGGAAAGUGGAGGACAUGGUUUCGCAGGCCUUGCGGGCAGCUCAGGUGCUCAUGAGCAGCGAAGAGAGGAUAAAGGAGAGGAUAGAGGCCAUCAGCAUGAUGGUCGAGAAAGCACUGAGCAGAGCUGAUGCUACUGAGAGUCAACUCAGUGCCCUGGAGGCCACCAUCUCUGCUAACACACAGGUAUGGACCAGCAUGGAAUGACUUGCACCACAUGCAUGGAAAAGUUAUGAUGUGGUAAUAAUAUA